UCCUCUCUCGCUCUCCCUCUCGUUCUCGCUCUCACUGUACUCAACGAUUGCGAGCUGCGAGCGGGCGACUCGACAAUUAUCUAGAGAUAGAAAGCAACCUACCGCGUCGUCGCUAUGCUCUCCCUCAAAGCCGCCACUUUUCUGAAUUGCGAGGAAAAGAACGAAUUCUUCUCUUUGCAGCGAAGGCGGUGGCCGGCGGCGGUGGGAUCGGCGACGAUUAAUUGCUGUUGCGCGGCGGAGCGGCAGAGGAAGGAGGAGAGGUUGAUCAGUUCGAGGGGAGUGACGAUGGAGAGCAUGAUGAAGGAGAGGCGAGGGGAUAACGCCUCGGUUCUCGAUCUCGAUUCCAAAUCGACGGUCGGCGGCGGAGUCGAGGAUGCUUAUGGAGAGGAUCGGGCUACUGAGGAGCAGGUUGUAACUCCGUGGACGAUUUCAGUUGCUAGUGGUUACUCAUUGUUGAGGGAUCCACACCAUAACAAAGGACUUGCCUUUACUGAGAAAGAAAGAGAUGCCCAUUAUUUGAGAGGACUCUUGCCACCCGUGUGUAUCACUCAAGAGCUUCAGGAAAAGAAGAUCAUGAAUAGUCUUCGCCAGUAUCAGGUGCCCCUUCAACGAUAUGUGGCAUUGAUGGAUCUUCAGGAGAGAAAUGAGAGACUUUUCUACAAGCUUCUAAUAGAUAAUGUUGAAGAGUUGCUUCCAGUUGUUUACACACCUACAGUUGGCGAGGCUUGCCAGAAGUAUGGUUGCAUCUUUAGGCGGCCACAAGGUCUUUAUAUCAGCUUGAAGGAGAAGGGAAAGAUUCUUGAGGUGUUGAAGAAUUGGCCUGAGAGGAGCAUUCAGGUUAUCGUGGUUACUGAUGGUGAGCGCAUUUUGGGGCUUGGAGAUCUCGGCUGUCAGGGUAUGGGAAUUCCUGUUGGCAAGCUUUCUUUGUACACAGCGCUUGGAGGGAUUCGUCCAUCUGCUUGCUUACCCAUCACAAUUGAUGUGGGCACGAACAAUGAGCAAUUGCUGAAUGAUGAGUUCUAUAUUGGGUUGCGGCAAAAGCGUGCUACUGGUCAGGAAUAUGCUGAAUUACUACAUGAAUUCAUGACUGCUGUCAAACAGAACUAUGGGGAGAAAGUCCUUAUUCAGUUUGAGGAUUUUGCAAACCAUAAUGCAUUUGAAUUGCUUGCAAAAUAUAGCACAAGUUAUCUUGUCUUUAAUGAUGAUAUUCAGGGAACAGCUUCUGUUGUCCUUGCUGGGCUUGUUGCAGCACUAAAGUUGGUUGGUGGAACAUUAGCGGAACACACUUUCUUGUUUCUUGGUGCUGGCGAGGCUGGUACUGGCAUUGCAGAACUUAUAGCUCUUGAAAUGUCAAAACAGACAAAAGCUCCAGUGACUGAGACUCGCAAGAAGAUUUGGCUUGUAGAUUCUAAGGGCUUAAUUGUGAACUCACGCAAGGAGUCACUACAACACUUCAAGAAACCCUGGGCGCAUGAUCAUGAACCCGUCAAAACUCUCUUAGAUGCUGUAAAGGCUAUCAAGCCGACGGUUUUGAUAGGAACAUCUGGAGUGGGGGGAACUUUCACAAAGGAGGUGGUUGAGGCCAUGGCCUCUUUCAAUGAGAAGCCAAUCAUUCUUGCCUUAUCAAAUCCAACAUCACAGUCUGAGUGCACUGCCGAGGAAGCAUACACAUGGACUAAGGGCCGGGCCAUUUUCGCCAGUGGGAGUCCAUUUGAUCCAGUUGAAUACAAUGGCAAAGUUUUUGUGCCAGGCCAGUCAAACAAUGCAUACAUUUUCCCCGGAUUUGGUCUUGGUCUGAUUAUCUCAGGAGCGAUACGUGUGCACGAUGACAUGCUUUUAGCAGCUUCCGAAGCUUUGGCCUCACAGGUCACAGAGGAGAAUUUCAAGAAUCGGCUGAUAUAUCCACCCUUCACCAAUAUCAGAAAGAUUUCAGCCCAGAUAGCUGCUAAAGUAGCUGCCAAGGCAUAUGAGCUCGGUGUUGCUACUCGUCUCCCUCGUCCAGAAAACCUCGUGAAAUAUGCAGAGAGCUGCAUGUACACUCCAGUAUACCGCACUUACAGGUAAGUUACACAAGGGAGGAGCAUCCACGACCCUGCUGUAGCAUGAUUACAAAUAUUGUGGUCUGUAGCUCUAGAGUUCACGUACAAGUUUAAGUUUGUUUACUUUGUCAUAUUAAACUUUUCCCCUCUUUCCAAAAAUAAGCAGUAUGUGCCUUGGAUAUGUUUGCUUGUACAUCAAUGUGAUCUUGUAUUAUAUUGUUGGAGCAUUUAUUUUUGAACUCAAAUUUAUGUGAGCAAAUACGGAGAAAAGCAUCAGGUGUGUUUUCAA